UGAAGAUAUCUUGUCCAAUUUCAGUUGUUUAUGGUUGCUUUCCGAAAUAAAACCAAUUUGUUCAAACUCUUCUCUUAUUUUCCUAAUUAUUGAAGAAAUUUUUUUCUUCCAAACAUCUGGACGUUUAUGGUUUCACCUAUCCGUCAGCUCUAGAAAUCGACAGAAAACUCAUUACAUCGUCAACAGACACUACUAAAGUGAAGAAGAGAAGCUCCAUAUUUAGUAAAGAUAUACUCGCUUAUUAUGAUACGGGUAAUGGGUAUGGUUUAGUAUCUUUGUUUAGAGAUUAUAGAAGCGACAGGCUAUGUAAUACGCAGUGUCGCAGGAUUUGCAUGUACCCAUUUCUAAAGCAAGCUCAAGGUCCUCACAGAACUUCGCUGUCCUAUUACUCUAACCUGAUAGAUCACUGUUUAUCACUAAAGUCUUUAAAUUUUGCCAAAGCCAUUCACGCCCAGUUGAUAAAAGUGGGAUUUGAUAGCCAUACUUUUCUGGGUAAUCGCUGUCUCGACCUGUACUCUCAGUUUGGCACCGUUAAUGAUGCCUUGAAAGUGUUUGAUGGCAUUUCCGACAGGAAUUGUAUAUCUUGGAAUGUUUGCUUGAAAGCGGUGUUCGGACACGGCCAAGUUGAAAGGGCAGGUCGUUUGUUUGAUGAAAUGCCUGUGAGAGAUGUUGUUACUUGGAACACGAUGAUUUCAGGUUAUUUUUCGUGUGGCUUUGUUGAUUAUGCGUUAAAAACUUUCAUAGAAAUGCAAAAUGCUGGUGUGAGACCAAGUGGGUUCACCUUGUCGAUUCUGUUGUCGCCUGUGUCGUGUGCUCGUCAUGGUAAGCAGAUUCAUGGCUUUAUGAUUCGACAUGGUCUGAAUUUAUCUAAUCUGGUGCUUGGUAAUUCAUUAAUUGAUAUGUAUGGGAAGCUUGGUCUUGUCGAUUAUGCGUUUGGUGUGUUUUUGACCAUGGAGAAGGUGGAUAUAAUCUCCUGGAAUUCCUUGAUUUUAGUUUGUCAUAGGUCUGGGUACAGAGAAUUGGCACUAGAUCAAUUCUGUUUAAUGAGAACCACAGAGCAUUCUCCCGAUCAGUUUACUGUAUCGACAGUCAUCAGUGUCUGUUCAGACUUGCACGAUUUGGAAAAGGGUAAGCAGGUUUUCGCUUUCUGCAUCAAGGUGGGAUUUAAUUCUAAUAGCAUUGUAUCAAGUGCUGUUAUUGAUAUGUUUUCUAAAUGCAACAGAUUGGAGGAUUCAGUCCAGCUUUUUGAAGAACUAGGUCAAUGGGAUUCAGCACUUAGCAAUUCUAUGAUUCCAAGCUAUGCAGCACAUGGCUUUGUGGAGGAUGCUUUGCAACUCUUUGUGCUGACCUUGAGGGAGAACCUCAUGCCAACUGAGUUCACACUAAGCAGUGUUCUAAGUGCUGUUUCCACUUUCCACCCACCAGAACAGGGUAGUCAAAUUCAUUCUUUGGUUAUUAAAGUGGGUUUCGAGUCAGAUUCAGUUGUUGCUAAUUCACUCGUGGAAAUGUAUGCUAAAGUUGGGUUAAUUAAUUUUUCCAUGAAAAUCUUUACUGAUAUGGGUGUACGAGAUUUGAUAUCUUGGAACACAAUAAUUUGGGGUUUGACUAACAAUGGUAGAGUGUAUGAGACCCUGGACAUAUUUAAGGAACUAAUUCAGGAAGGUCCACCACCUGAUCGAAUAACUCUGGCUGGAGUGCUAUUGGCUUGCAAGUAUGGGAGUUUUGUUGAUGAUGGAAUGAUUAUUUUUUCGUCAAUGGAGAAGGAAUAUGGAGUUCUACCUGGGGAUGAGCAUUAUGCUUGUGUAGUGGAGUUGUUUAGUCAAGCUGGUAAGUUAAAAGAAGCAAUGGAUAUUAUACAUGCAAUGCCUAAUGAACCUAGUUGCAUUAUGUGGGGAUCAAUUCUUUGUGCUAGUCUGAUUCAUGGAGACUUGAAACUCACUGAAAGAGUUGCAGAGAGGAUGAUGGAGUUGGAACCGCAGUCGUCUCUACCUUAUUUGGUAUUGGCUCGGGCAUAUGAGAUGAGGGGCAGAUGGGAGAGUAUUGUUCGGGUAAGAAAGUCCAUAGAACAUAAAGUUGUCAAGAAGGUCACUGGAUGCAGUUGGAUUUGGAUAAAAAACCACGUACAUAUGUUUAAGACAAACCAAUUACAACAUCAUGGAGGGAGAGAAAUUUAUUUGGUGCUGAGAUUGUUGAUUUGGGAGAUAGAGGAUAAAGGUUAUUUCUGACAACGGUAUGAGAAAGCGGGUGCUGAAGGGGAGGAAGAGUGAAUGGGGCAGGACAACAAGAGUUCUUCAUGUAACAUGUUCGCAUUAACUGAUACAGCUAUUGAUAUAUUUCUUUUUGAGUUUAUUUAAAAAACUAGGUAUACUUUGUGCUUAUUAAUUUCAAACACAAAAGUUCAUGAGGGUAAACUUCUUUUAUCUCAUAAAAUUUGGGUAAUGCUUCAUUUGCUUA